GAUCUGCCUCUGCUGUCUCAGUAAAUUGUUCAUUUUGUGAUGUUUUGCUUUAAUCACGUGAUUCCAGUAACGUUAUAAGGUUUCUUAUCAAGGCUUGUUUCUAUGAAGGUCUGUCAUCUGUGGAAUAAUCAGAGCGAUAUACUGUCUGACCAAAGGUUGUGUAUUGGAGAUUACGACCAAACUGAUUUGAGAGUGUGCUGUCAGCAGAAAGAAGCACAGGUCAUGUGCUGAGCUGACAUCUGAUCCACUUCUACAUUUCUGAGGCAGAAUCAUGAAGAGAAGACUUCUGCUGGUAUCUAACUCCACUCUUCAUGGAGGAGGAUAUCUUCAACACUGUCAGCAGCAGAUCCAAGACUUUUUUGGAAAGAAUGUAAAGAGGAUCCUGUUUGUCCCAUAUGCACUGCAUGAUCGAGAUGCCUAUAGCAAGACAGCCAGAGACAAGUUCAAGACAUUGGGCUAUGAGGUGGACAGUGUCCACGAGACACCAGACCCUGUGGAUGCUGUUAGGAAAGCUGAAGGAAUAUUCAUUGGUGGCGGUAAUACAUUCCGCCUGCUGAAAUCUCUCUAUGACAGCAAGCUGGUAACUGAGAUUAGAAAGAGAGUUUUAGAGGAUGGGAUACCUUACAUGGGAUCAAGUGCAGGUACCAAUGUCUCCACCAUCAGCAUCAACACCACCAAUGACAUGCCCAUCGUCUAUCCACCCACAUUUGCUGCCAUUGGUUUAGUGCCCUUCAACAUUAACCCUCACUAUCUGGAUGCUGAUCCCAACAGCAAGCAUAUGGGGGAAACACGUGAACAGAGAAUUGUCCAAUACCACGAGGAGCCCGACACACCAUGUGUGCUGGGUCUUCGGGAAGGCUCAAUGCUCUUAGUGGAGGGAAGCAAAGCCACCUUAUUAGGGAGCACCAAAGCACGACUGUUCCAGAGGGGGAAGCAUACUACGGAGUAUGAACCGGGCAGUGAUCUCAGCUUCUUACUGACAGAUGCACAGUGAGCUGCUACAUUAUGUGCAAUGCAAACAUUUUCACAAUAAAUGAUAAAAUCCACAAUGAAGUUUAUGUUUCUUCAUUUCCUUCAUCAUGAGCACAGUUUUGCUUAGAGUACACAAAAACAAAAACUAUGGAAGCACUGUAGAAUUUAAAGAUGAUUAUUCUUGUAUUUAAAGCCUGCAGUUGGUUAUUCAUCAACCAGACAAUUGUUAACAGCUAAACAUAUCCUGUGAGGUCAAGUUCAUCACUGUAGAUUAGAAAAUGGUGUUAUGAUAACAGAACCUUUGGACAGCAAAAAUAGGUACUAAAUUCAAGUCCAGCUAUAUUCAUAAAUAGGAUCAACUACCAAAAGAAAAACAAAAAAUAAAUGCAACUACAUCAGUAUAUUUGUUUAUUGAAUUACAGAAGCAUUAACAACAUAUUGCUAAACAAAAUCGUGGGGAAAAAAGAAAAGGAAAGUCAAAAAUAAAGUCAAGAGACCGUGAUAAUUUUUAAACAUGGUAGAUUCUCAAAAAUACAUAUUUUUGUUGCUAUAAUUGUGUUCUAUUAUUAUUAUUUAUUUUAUUUUUUUUACAAACUUUACAAACAAAUGAGAAUAUAUUCGGGAUCAUUUUAUUUGUGGAAAAUGCAUAAUUUUGAUUGAAUUAUAAAUGCAUACAAUUUUUCAUUUAGACAACAUACUUAUGGCAACCCAAUAUGGGUAAAUUCAUAUGGGCAGCAGCAUUACUAUAAUACAGUAACAAGAAAUCCAGUUUUUUUUUUCAGUGUUAUGGGUUAUGUAUUUCAGUAUAUCUGAAGUCAAAAUUAAGACCAGUAACUAUGAAC